AGCCGCAGGUGCCCAGCGGGUGAGACGGGGGUGGGCAGCCGGCGGAACGGCCCGAGACUUGGACAGCCACCCGCGGGAUGUCUGGCGAGAGCGAGGAGAUCACCCGCCUCCGCAAGCCCCGCUUCUCCUACGAGGAGAACCAGAUCCUGAUCCAAGAGGUGCGGGCCAACUAUGCCAAGCUCUACGGCACCCAGAGCCGCCGGGUGACCGUGGCCGAGCGCCGGCGGGUCUGGGAAGGCAUCGCGGCCAAGAUCAACGGCAUCACCAGCUGGAAGCGGACCGGCCAGGAGGUGCAGAAGCGCUGGAAUGACUUCAAGCGGCGCACCAAGGAGAAGCUGGCCCGGGUGCCCCACUCCACCCAAGGGGCGGGCACGGCAGGCGAGGAGACCUUCCUGGCCGAGGAGGAGACCAUCUUUGCCAUCCUGGGGCCCGGGGGUGCACUCGGCGUAUCCAGCGGGCAGUGCAGCCCCUGACAAGGAGGCCCUAGUGAGGAAUCGAACUCCCAGCCUCUGGCUUUGCAGCCAAAGACCGAAAUACCGGCCGGGGGCCACCCGUCAUCCUGCAGCCCAAAGACUUCGGCCCACCGGGUUUCCUGCUACUCUCUAGAUGGGGGCCUGCUGAGACCCAAGGAACGUGACUCACCGGCGCCCCCAUCAGCCCAGCCCGCGUCGCUGCAGAUUGUCCAGCUGGCUCCGUCUCCGGCCAGCUUGGGUUGCGGACCACACGCUGAACCCUCCCCCAUGGAGCCGCCGGGUGCCACCCCGUGCCCUUCGACGUCCCCGCUGCCACGGCGCCGGCGCACCUGCCUUGACCCCGCUGGCGAGCCUCCUCUGGAUUUCUUGCAAGCCCAGAGAGAGACCGCUGAAGCCAUCCGCGAGCUGAACUACACCCUACGGCAAGGCCUGGAGCGGCUGACCGACAUCGUGGCAGCUCUGCUCCCCCUCCUUCCGGUUCAGACGAAUAACGUGUCGCCUCCGCAGGAGGGGAUCCCUGCUCCGGCACCACCUCCUUCCUCGGAGACGCUGCUUCCCAGAGACGCCUUUACCACCAAGGUGGAACCCUCCCUGGAGCCGGAAGAGUACGAGGCUAGGUCUCCAGGAGAUGAAGGACAGCCCGUAGUGGCUGAAACUGGGACGUCCCCAACCCGGGUCCCUCCUCCCCAAAAGGGGAGGAAGGGGAUCCCCACCCGCAAACGCAGGGGGCGCUGGAAGAACGUGUGAGCAUCCUUGCUCGGAAGGACCUGCUGCUGUUCCCCCACCCCCAGCACAGGGAGAGAGGGGAAGGAGGGAUGCAUGCCUCCUGGAGAGGGUGAGGCCUUAAGUGACUUUCCUGCACACACACACACACACACCCUUGGAGUUCCCUGCUGCCACCCCGUGAACCAUGCAAG